AUGUGUGUGAAGUUGUCAAAAGAAGCAUUAGGUGGAGGGAACUUGCAACACAUGAAGAAAUUGCUAAUCUACCAAAAAGAAGUCGGACAUCUUGAUGAUGAUGACGACGACAUUGAAGAAAUACGCCUGCCUCCUCCUCUAAUGGGAAGGGACAAAACAAAAGCUCGAGCAAUAGGAGAAGGGAAAGCAACAUCUUCAAAUUCUACAGUCAGAACCGAGCGGUCAGCUAGAUCAGAAGAAAUGAUAACACAAAUGACACAAUUGAUUUCAACUUUGGAGAGACAUAUGAUUGAAACCAUCCGACUCACCGAGUAUACGUUGUUAAUGCAAGAUGUAAGGCACCUCGACGCCGAAGAUCAAGAGACGGCUAAAGCGGUGAAGCAGUCGAUUCGCGGAAAAUAUAAGCUAAACCGCAAAUGA